CAUGCCUCUGUGCUCCCAGAGCUGCACACCUCUGCGCUGCAGCGGCCAUGGCCAGCCAGUCAGUGUUUGUUGUUGCUAUAGAUUUUGGCACAUCCUACAGCGGGUACUGCUUUUCUCUUGCUUCGGGUACUGACCAAAUCCGCCAGGUUUACUGGGGAGCAGAGCAUGGCUUAAAGACCCCAAAGACACCUACGAGCAUCUUGUUCAACCAGAAGCAGGAGUUCAAAUAUUUUGGUUAUGAUGCUGUGAUGAAGUACAAGAGCCUGCCCUCCAGCCAAGCUGACAGCUGGUACUUCUUCCAGAACUUCAAGAUGCAGCUGUACAACACGAAUAUCACAGCUGGCAUGAAGCUGAAAGCCACCAAUGGAAAGUUCCUUCCUGCCUUGACAGUCUUUUCCGAAAGCCUGCGCUUCAUGAAGGAACAUGCUUUGAACACCAUCAAGGAGGCCUCUUCCCAAACUGUCUACGACCAGGAGGAGUUCACCUGGGUCAUUACUGUUCCGGCCAUAUGGAGCGCUGCUGCCAAGCAGUUCAUGAGACUGGCAGCAAAAGAGGCAGGAAUUAUCUCUGAUAUGCUCUCUAGGAACCUGAUCAUUGCCUUGGAGCCGGAAGCUGCAUCGCUGUGGUGCAAGCAGCUUCCACAUGAAGGGUUUAUGGCAGACAGCAGUGACAAGAAGAAGUUUGAAGACUCCCCUGGGAUCCGGUAUAUUGUUGUUGACUGUGGAGGUGGCACCAUAGACAUCACAGUACACGAGAUCCAAGAAAACCAUUCCCUAAAGGAGCUACAUAAGGCAAGUGGAGGUGGAUGGGGAGGCAACAGAGUGGAUGAAAACUUCACCAAUUUCCUCAAGGAAAUAUUCAAUGAUGGUGUAUGGGAUGAAUAUGUGAAGAAGUACCCUACUGAAUUACAAAAUAUGAUGUACAACUUCAGCUUACAGAAAUGCUCUGCUAGUAGGGAGGCAGUCUACAUACGCUGCUACUACAACCUGACCAGAGUGGCAGAGUCCAAGAAGGACAUUUCCCAAUUCUUUAAAAAUGCAGCAGGAGCUGUGUGGUGUGAUGGGACAAUCAUGAUUACAUAUGAGAAAAUUAAGUGCUUGUUUGACUACAGUAUCAACAAUAUAAUUUUUGCUUUGAGGGAAAUUCUUUGCAGACCUGAGAUGGACAAAGUCCAGUACAUUUUACUUGUGGGAGGCUUUGCGUGCAGCAUUAUCCUGCAAGAUGCAGUGAGGCAGGCCUUUAGCAGCAAGUGUCAUAUCCUUUGUCCCAUGGAGGCCCAGGCAGCCAUUGCAAAAGGGGCUGUUUUAUUUGGAGUUAAUCCACACAUCAUUACCUCAAGAAUCAGCUGUAGGACAUAUGGCUUAAGAGUAGGUAAGAAAUUUGAUGAGGCUAUCCAUGAUGCCCGUAAACGGAAGGUCUCAAAAGCUGGUGACUUUAUUUAUUGCACAGAUCUCUUCUAUAAACUGGUGGAAAUUGGGGAGUCAGUGAACAUAGACGAAGCUGCGCACUUUGAUUUCUUUCCAAUUGAACCAGAUCAAACAGGGGUAACCUUUGCUUUCUAUUGUACAAAAAAACAGAAUGCUCAGUAUGUGGAUGAGGAAGGGGUAGAACUGCUUGGCUCCUGUGUAGUGCCAUCACCAGCCACAUGGCUGGGGUUAAAGCGCAGGCUGAAAAUUGAGAUUCAGUUUGGGCUCACUGAAUUUAAAGCCACAUGUACUGAUGUUACUUCCCAAAAAAGUCAGACAGUUAUAAUAGAUUUUUUAUCUUAUAAUUACUCAUCAUAUUGAACAGAUCUUAGAUGCCUUUUCCAACCAUUAUGAUUCUGACAAUUCUAUGACUUUUACCAUAGAGGAGACAAUUGGACCAGUAAGUUCAUCAUUCAACUUUCCUUUUACGCAGUAAAACUACUAGUCUGAUUCUCUGGUUC